AUGCAGCAUUUUGUGCCCUUAGGAUGUGACGGCUCCGAGGCUGAUGAGCGCAGCUCUCCUUCAAGCCGACAGCGGAAACAAUCUGCUGCUGCUGCUGCUGCUGCUGCUGCUGCUGCUGCUGCUGCUGCUGGCUUCUCACUGAUCCCCGCAGGAGACCCUUCUCACUCUGUGUCUCCUCCAAGGCCUCCGCAGAGGCCUUUGCUGCAGCGGCAAGCAGCAGCAGCAGCUGAAGCAGCAGCAGAUGCUGCAACGCGAGCAGCAACAGCAGCAGCAACUGUAGUCGGCAUGCUGCGGAGGAAGCGCUGGCUGGCGCUGCUGCUGCUGCUGCUGAUACUGUCUGUCUUGCUGCUGCUGCGAGUUUUCUCCAGCAAGUCGCAGCAGCAGCAGCAGCAGCAGCCGCAGCAGCAGCAGCAGCACGGCGCCGCUCCCAAGGGCACCUUUAGCUCUCCGUGGCAGCACGAAGAUGCAGGAGCAGCAGCAGCAGAAGCACCACCUGCUGCAGGACUUUCAGCAGCAGCAGCAGCAGCAGCAGAAGCCCUAGGAAUCCACAGCCGCAGGCCUCGGGGCACUUACUUUGUGCAGCAUUUGCCGGGCUACACUGCAGCAGCAGCAAUGCCCGCAGCUGACGCAGCAGCAGCAGCAGCAGCAGCAGCAGCAGCACAUGGCCGCGGCUACGACUAUCUGUUGGCUGCGCCUCUCUCAGCUACCUCUGCUGCACUUUCUGCAGGGUCAGCAGCAGUUUCGGCGCAGCAGCAGCAGCAGCAGCAGCAGCAGCAGCAGCAGCAAGACCUGAAAGAUGUGGCGCUGCCGGUUCCUUUUGCUGCUCCCCCUCCGCAGCAGCAGCAGCAGCGGCAGCAGUCCGUGCUGCUGUCUCUGGGGAGCCGCGCUGCUGCCUUUCCGACCUUCACGGUAACUCCCGGCUCAGCUUUCUACGCAGACCAGCAGCAGCAGCAGCAGCAGCAGCAGCAGCAGCAGCAGCAGCAACAGCAGCAGCUGCUGCAGCAGCUGCAGGCUGAAGGCUGGCGGGGAGAACUGGGGGCCCUCGCGGACUUCAACAACGACAUGCAUGUGGACUUCAUUUUUGUGGGCAGCAGCGCGCACUUGCCUCACUGCAGGUCCAGGCCCAGCAGCAGCAGCAGCAGCAGCAGCAGCAGCAGCAGCAGCAGCAGCAGCAGCAGCACGGCGCACCCACAGAAGCGUACGAACGGCGCGACUGCGACCGCGAACGCAGCGCCAAGCACCGGCAACAGUCCCAACAACAGCAGCAGCAGCAGCAGCGACAGCAGCGGCAGCAGCAGCAGCAGCAGCAGCAGCAGCAGCAGCAGCAGCAGCAAGUGCGGCAGCACGAUAUCUGUGUACGCGUGGAGCCCGGAGCUGAGCCGCUUCCGGCACCAGGUGUCUGUACACCUGGAGGAGACAGUCGACAGCGUCGUGGCUGUCGAUUGGACUCGAGAUGGCCGCGUGGACAUAAUUGCUGUUACAGUGGGUCCUGCUGCUGCUGCUGCUGCUGCUGCUGCUGCUGCUGCUGCUGCAGGUGCAGCAGCAGCAGCAGCAGCAGCCAGGAGGACCUACGGGCUCGUCGCCUUCGUGCAGAGGGCCUCGGGGGCCCUCGAGAGGGUUUGGGACAGCCAGCAGUUUGUGCAGCAGCUGCUGCAGCACAGGCGCCUGCGCAGGCAGCAGCAGCAGCUGCUGCAGCAGCAGCUGCUGCAGCAGCAGCAGCAGCAAGGAGGCGCUGCUGUGGCUGCUGCUGCUGCUGCUCAUGAACAAACUCCGUCCGCUGCUGCGCCCGGGAAGGGCACAGCAGCAGCAGCAGCACAGGACAGUUCCGCAGCAGCGGACUCUCCGGCGGCAGCAGAUGCAGCAGCAGCAGCAGCAGCUGCUGCUGCUGCUACUACUACUACUACUACGGGAGUUUCAACUGCUGCUGCUGCUGGCGUUGCUGCUCCCGAGGUUGGGGCUGGGCAGCUGCAAGCUCCCGUCGACGAAGCAGCAGCAGCAGCAGCAGCAGUAGCAGCAGCAGCAGCAGCAGACAAUGGAGCAGCGCACCUUGGGGACGAUAGUGCUGCUGGUGCUGCUGCUGCUGCUGCUGUGGCGCCGCUGUCUGCUGCUGCUGCUGCUGCUGCCGAGGCUGCAGCAGCAAGCCUCACAGACGAAGAUCUUGCUGCUUGCGGGCUUUCCUCAAUUCACCCUUUAGCAGCAGAUCUCACCUUCGACCACUACCCAGACUUGCUGGUGCAGACAGCAGCAGCAGCAGCAGCAGCAGCCAGCAGCAGCAGCAGCAGCAGCAGCAGCAAGGGGCAGUUUCGCUUCUUCUGGGAAAACCUCGCCAGCAAAGGGUUGGAGGGCUUCGCGCCGCGGCGUCUUGCUGCUGCUGCUGAUGUCUUUGAGACGUCAGCAGCUGCUAGUGUACCGGAGCAAGAGCAGCAGCAGCAGCAGCAGCAGCAGCAGCAGCAGCAGCAGCAGCAGCAGCAGCAGCAGCAGCAAGAAGCAGAGGCUCUGAUCACGAACCCACACAGCAGCGCCGUUGCAGAUAUAGACGGAGACUGCCGUGCCGAUCUGCUGCUGAUGGUGCAGCUGCCGGGGACUUCUUCUGUGUCUUUGGAAAUUUGGUUAAGUCGAUUUGAUGGCACUGCAGCAAAAUGGAAAAGGCAGCAGCAAACAAUUCCUUUGCCCCCAGGGGCUGGCCAGUUUGUCUUGGCAGACUUCGACGCAGAUGGGACGCUGGAUAUCUUGGUGCCGUCUUGUGAGAAGAACGAAGAGGGCGUUUGCAUAAAGAAUGACUCUCUCGUUUUACUGCCGAACAGCCAGCCGCCGCUGUGCGGGUCUUUCUGGUGGACUUCGCGGAGUGUCGAAAAGUGCCGAAGACCUUUCGAGCUUUGCGACCCCAACGCCCACUUCCGCCUCGCCAGCUAUGGCGAAGAAAAUGCAACAGUCUCCUUUUUGGAUUUGGACUCUUCAAUUCAUUUUUACGGAGACAGUUUAAAACCCCCGACUCUCACGGUUGGAGAUGUUGACGGAGAUGGAUUUCCUGAUGUGGCUCUUGUGGCAGUUAAAGAAGGGGGAAUUCGAGCUGCUCGAAUUUACCGAAAUGUGGCUGAAAGCCCGAAAGCAGGCCCAGGAGUGGGUCUGCGGUGGCAGUUAAAGAAGGGGGAAUUCGAGCUGCUCGAAUUUACCGAAAUGUGGCUGAAAGCCCGAAAGCAGGCCCAGGAGUGA